GACCACGUGGCAGAAAAAAAGAUUUGCUUCCGUUAUAUUUCACGCGUUGUGAGUUUUCUGAAAACCCGCGAACUACUGCAAAGUCGAUCAAAUCAUCAUCAUCAUCAUCAACGACGACGACGGCGGCAGUGGUAGCGACGACGACUACGACGACGGCUGCAAAGGCCAACACCAGCUGGUCAACAGAGUAUCACAGGUGGAUCUUGUGAUCAGAUCAUGGAUGAGGUGGAUGGACUCUCACUAUGAGUGUCGAGCCCGUCAAGCGAAAGGUCGCUGGGACUAAUCACUUUGUGACACCGACGUGGACAGCGACUGCAGGUCCCUCCAAUCCUUCCCAACCUAGGAUACGUGCCAGAGUGACGGAAGACCGUCCGGUGCUACGGGCUACAAAGUCUAGCGGAUCACUGCGCAACACUUCCGUCUCACCAACGCCCCCCGUCCCUCCUCCACCAGUUCCCGGAUUCCUCCCCCAAGCCAGGGCAAAAGUGAAUGCUUUUGUCCGGCAACGAUCCCAGUCACCCCAGCUUCCCAUACCUCCCGAGCCAAGUGCAAAACCACCUUUACCCUCAUCACGUUUACCGCCCCGCGCCAAAUCUCCUGCUCUACGACCAGUGGGAUAUGAGAAUGGGGUCAGUCGACUGGAUCGAGCCAAUGGGUCGACCACACCGACAGGCUUCAUGGGCCACGAGAUGACUAGGACGAAAUCUGCAGGAGCAAAGUCCGUCAUUGGAGAAGCCAGAGCUCGCGUCAAACUCCCCGACGCAACGUUACAUCCUCUGCCAAAUCGAACGCUCUCCACCCCUAAUUAUGGCUCCGGACCGAGCACUCCUAACGGUCCACCCCAACUGCGCCGCCCGAGCAUACAUUCCAACAGGUCUUCACCAGGUGGAGUGGUGUCAGAUCCCCGAUUUCCCAAGACCCCAAUCGACAUACACCGUCUCAACCCUUAUCUCACCACCUCUAGGCCCCCUACACCGCCCCUAAAUCCAUCGCUUUCGUCCUCUAGAUCUUCUGCACGUGCUUUGCCCGGCAAUGGUCGCAAUCCCCUCACUCCUGGGACGCCAAGCCCAGACGCAGACACCAUCAUCCUUCCUAUAGUGACGCCGUCCCGAAACCUUGAGCAUCCGCAGUUGGGCUUGCGCAAGAUGAGCUUUGACGAUGCGUCUUCGGGUCAUCGGUCCUCUGUUGACUCUUAUGGCUGGAAGAGUCCGACCAAGCCUGGCCCAGAGGAUGUUGUGACAUCUCCGUCCGCGUCUAGUCACAACAAUAGACGGUCUGUUGAGGUUGUCCUCAGUGCAGAGGCGGAAGAAGCGCGAAUCAAUCGAAAGAUCGCGGACCUUGAGAUUUCCAACGCUAGUCUUUUGGCCAUCAACAAGUCUUUAGAGGCGAACAAGGCGAAACAACGGGCCGAAAUACAACGAUUGCGAGGAUUACUGGAGGAGGCACUUACGGGAUCCUUGGACAUGUCCUCAACGACUGUUCUCUUCGACAAUGACCUGGAUGACGACGAGCUCGAGUCUGGAAUUGCAGACCCAGCGUUGGAAGAGCGCUGGAGCAGGAUAGAGGAGCUGCUCGGGAACAUGCGACGGGAAGGCGAGCGUUGCGUCCAAGAGUCAAAAUCGUCGGCGAUCGGCACAGGUUCCAAAAAAGUCUUAGAUUGGAUCGACUUGGAACGACCGGAAUCACCUGUCGACGAUGAGUCCUCCGUUGUGAAUCCGCCAGGCCCAUCAAUUAAAGGCCCAUCAAUUAAAGGAUUCAAGCCGUCCUCAGCAUAAGACCCUCAAGGACAAUGAGGGAGUCGCCCAUGACACUAGUUGUUUCCGAGCAACUGGUCGCUUUUCAGCAUCACGAUAACAUGUUGUCAUAUCAUAAU